AUGACUGUCACCCACAUCGUCCUGUUUGCGUUCAAGAAGGAUGCGCAGCCUUCAGAUGUCAAAGAUGCUUGCGUGCAGAUGCUAGCCCUCAAGGACAAUUGCCUCCAUCCCACGUCCGGGAAGCCUUAUAUAGUGUCCUCCCAGGGAGGACUCAACAACAGUCCAGAGGGCAUGUCUGACGGUCACGAGCACGGCUUCGUAGUAGAAUUCGCCUCUGUGGAGGACCGCGAUUACUACGUCCACAAGGAUCCAUCUCACACAAAGUUCAAGGAUAUGGUCAUUCCUCUUGUUACUGGGGUCAAAGUCGUCGACUUUGAGGCCGGUGUAUUCUGA